UAGCAGCAGUGAGAGUACGGAGUGGUUGCUCGAAGUAGAAAAUACGUGCUAAUCAGUGUCACGUUCCUUCAGAGCGUUGUUUUAUUUGAUUGAAAACAUAUUUAAGCUUGUGAAAUAAAAUAGGAGAAAUGAACGAUUCCAGCCGGUAAAUUUUUGAUGAUGUAGAUGCCUUCAGAUAUAUUGUUCUUCAAAUUUUAUUCUAAAAACAAUAUUAAGCCAAAUCUUGUUUCCAUGAUGUGUUAAAUGAACUUCAAACAUAGUUAGCCUCCUCGUAGUUAGUUAAGAAAUCUUUUCAGAAAGUUAUGUAUAUUUCUGCUCGACCAAAAUGAUACGUAUUACUUGCAAAUAUUUUAAAGGUGGGACAUCCUAAGCCGCAACAGCAUGGCGGAACGGCAUGUGACAAUUCCACUAAUGAUGAAGAAUGAUGAAGAUAUACAGUUUGUUGAAGAUGAUAAUGACACUAUUUCCGAAAAUGAGCCAUCCUCGGGAGCCGUACGCGUUACGUCUGAGAAUUACAAACCUGCUUCUGAAAAUUUGUAUACUGAAAUACCGCCACAGGAGACACGAGUCAGUUUCCUGCAGAUACCGAAAAGAAAACCAGUAUCUAGAUCUCCAUCAACAGAAUCUUCAGAUGUGACUUUACCUGUGCUGGAAAGAAGUUCCAGUACACGCAGAAAGUAUCAUGAUUAUGAAAAGUUGUCGGUCACUUCAAGUGAAUCGAAAAGAAGUGCCGUAGAGCGAAUCACAGAAGGAUCUUUCUUCAGACGAAGAAAUGAUGCGACUUACGACUCUCGAAGAUCUGAAAGCAAAGUAGAUGACGAAGAACACAUUUUAGAAACAUUACGUCAAGUCGUCAGAAAAUGCACAAAUGUGGAUCCUGUAAAAAGGCCAGUCUCAGGUGAUGUCUUAGAUAUGUUGUCUUCAACACUUGAAAAACCAUGAUCUCAAAGCUAUCUUUAGUGGAAUUUUAUAAAUAAAGAAACCACGUUAGUACGAGGUUGAUCUGGAAAAACAUUUUUCUAUGAACUAAGGAGAAGAACAAGAAUUUGAACAUAACAGCGAAUUCUGAUGAACGUCGAAAGGAAAAGCUCCUUACGUGUGUUUGCUGUUGCAAACAGAACGAAUUCGAAGAACAAUGUCAAAUAUUUUUUAAAGCGUUUGCUGUCCAAGUCUCUUGUACAUAUGAACCAUAAAAAUAUUUUAUUUUUUAAUCUAUGGAUCCCAGUGAACUUUGCUUGGUCAUAAACUCAGGUAUAUAUUACGUAUUAGUCUGCUGAAAAGUUUUUAUUUGCAGACGAAGCAAAUUAAAAGAACUGUUAUGUGUUUGAAAGUACUUUUGAUGUGAUUUUAUUAAAAUAACUGCAAUUAAAA